GGUAUUUAAAACUUGACUAAUCUUCAGCCCAUUUAAUUCUGUUGCUACAUAUGGGUUCUCUGCCCAUUAUAAUAAUCCUGGAAACUGGUCGGUUAAUUAAUGUUUGUCCCGGGAGAUCAGCGACAGAACAACUUCCAUGUGACCUGUCAGAGGAAACAAACCCAGAGAGAUGAAAACAUGUCCAGUUUAACUCCGUUGAUUAUUUCUUUUUUAUCAGUCUUGUGGCUUGUUAGUAAACAUUUUAGCGAUAAAGUUACAGCCGAAUGGUGACUGAGACGUCUGUUUUUUGUUUGUUUUGUUUUUCAUGGCAAUCGGAACAACACGGUUUCAACAGGUUUUGAGGAAAAAUGAAAGGUAAACCUGAAAAAACUGCUUCCUAGAGGGGUUUUUAACCUUUGCUGUGAUGGGUUCGGUGACUUCUGCUCUAACUAGGACGAGGAACGCUUUAGUGAAAGUGGGUUCGGAGCCCGAGAACCAUGACCCGGAGAGGAGCCGGUCCGCUCCGGAGUCGGACCGAGCCAAGAAAAAGAGCGCGCGGUUCAACGUCGCGGGCCAAUCCGGUCGGCAGAGUUCUCGCCAGUCGCUGUCUGAGGUCCUGGGCAGACAAGACUCCGACGGAACAAGACAAAGUUCAAGAAAAAAGACAUCUGAGGGUCAGCAGAGCGUGGCGAAUGAUGAUGGAGAAAGUUCUACCAGACCCCAGGCUAGUUUUGCACGCUCAAAGUCCCAGAAUGCUUUGUGGAAUGCCAUCACAGCAGGGAUGGGGAUCAAAGACAAAGAGCAGAAGGCCCUCCUAAAUGACCCACGGAGUCCUGAAGAGAUUUUGGCCGAUGAUCUUCCUGCAGGAGAUGAACCAGAUGCCACAGAGAAAACUGCCAUCAGGCGCAAGUACAAGAAGACGUCCCAGAGAUUACGAUGUCUGGUGAAGCAACUAGAGAGAGGAGAGGCUUCCCUCAUUGACCUCAAGAAAAACCUUGAGUAUGCAGCUUCUGUACUGGAAUCCGUUUACAUCGAGGAGACAAGGCGAUUGGUGGACACAGAAGAUGAGCUCAGUGAUAUCCAGUCGGAGUCUGUGCCUUCGGAGGUGCGGGACUGGCUGGCCUCCACCUUCACCAGACAGAUGGGCCUGAUGUUGCGACGGAAUGAAGAAAAACCUCGCUUCCGCAGCAUUGUGCACGCUGUUCAGGCUGGCAUAUUUGUCGAGAGGAUGUACCGACGUACCUCCAAUAUGGUGGGACUCAGCUACCCCGCGUCUGUCAUAUCUGUGCUUAAGAAUGUUGACAAGUGGUCGUUUGAUGUGUUUGCUCUGAAUGAGGCCAGCGGGGAUCACGCACUUAAAUUCAUAUUCUACGAGUUGCUCACCAGAUAUGAUCUCAUUAGUCGCUUCAAGAUCCCAAUCUCUGCAGUGGUGUCAUUUGUGGAGGCGCUAGAAGUUGGAUAUAGCAAACAUAAAAACCCGUACCACAACCUGAUCCAUGCUGCUGAUGUCACUCAGACUGUACACUAUCUGCUACUCAAGACUGGCAUGGUGCAUUGGUUGACUGAACUCGAGAUCUUUGCCAUGAUCUUUGCGGCGGCAGUGCACGACUAUGAGCACACAGGGACCACAAACAACUUCCACAUCCAGACAAGGUCAGACACAGCUAUCCUCUAUAAUGACCGCUCAGUGUUGGAGAGUCAUCAUGUCAGCGCAGCCUACCGCCUGCUGCAGGAUGACGAUGAAAUGAACAUCCUCUACAACCUCUCCAAGGAUGACUGGAGAGAGCUUCGUGCUCUGGUGGUGGAGAUGGUGCUGGCCACUGAUAUGUCCUGCCAUUUCCAGCAGGUUAAGGCCAUGAAGAACUUCUUACAACAACCUGAAGGGAUCGACAAGCCCAAAGCCCUGUCCCUGCUGCUGCACACAGCAGACAUCAGCCACCCGGCUAAAAGUUGGGACCUCCACCACCGCUGGACCACCUCACUGCUAGAGGAGUUCUUCAGACAGGGGGACAAAGAGGCUGAGCUGGGGUUGCCGUUCUCUCCACUGUGUGACAGAAAGUCGACAAUGGUGGCACAGUCCCAGAUAGGAUUCAUAGACUUCAUCGUGGUGCCCACCUUCACUGUGCUGACAGACAUGAUGGAGCGGAUCGUCACUCCGCUCAUCGACGAGGCCUCUCACUCAGGUCUGGCUGGCUUUAGACGUUCGAGUCUGAACAGUAUUAGCUCAGAUGAAACCAAGAGGCACAGUGUCAAGAGCGUGGGCUCCGACAGCAGCUCAUCAGGCCAAAACUCUCUGCUGACGGUGGACAUUAAGAACUUUAAAGCCUUGUGGAACGAGGAGGUUUAUCAGAACAGGGAAAGGUGGAAAGCCCAGGCUGCUAAAGAGGCAGAGGAGAGAGCUAAAAAGGAAGCAGAGGAGAAAGCACAGCAGGCUAUGGAGCCCCAAGAGGUCCACAAAGAUUCAGAACACCAAGAUCCAAAGGAGAAUAAACUGGAGGGGGAGCCACCUGAGCCAUCAGAGGUCGAAAGACCACCAGAUGGUUUCACAGGGGAACCAGAUCAGGGAUCGCAGCCUGGGAGCACAGUGCAUCAGAAUCUCCCUCUGCAGAAUGGAGAGCUGUCAGAAGAAACUGAAUCUCCAGAUGAUGAAGAAAAUAAGAACAAAGAAAUGGGUGCAGAGGAAGUGAUGGAAUAACGGGGCUGCGAAGCAUCAUGGCCACAUUAUUGCUGUGCUGCUGUUGACCUGAUCCUGCCACACAAAGCUAUGAGGGACUUAGCUUAAAGGGAAUUCCAUUGACUGGACUAUGUCGCCCUCUACUGGUCACUGAGAAACUGACACCUUUGCUUCCAUGUGUGUUUACUGUGUCCACCUUGUGUUUACUGCAGUUAUCAUGUUUUUACUAUGUAUGCAGAGUCAUGUGCAUUAUUCCUUCCCUCCUGCUUAUUACUGAAGACUUUUGAGAGGAAUUAAUAACAUUAAAUUGGCAGCGGUGGGGGUGCAAUAGGAGCCUUUAGCAAAUGUUUUGCAGUUUGUUUAAUUUCUUAAAUCUGUCUUUGUUCAACUUAACCACAGAAAUGUAGCUGUUGUAAAAGUCCCAUUUUAAUUCUUUGCAGCAUUUCUUUUUUUCUUUGUUUUGUGGAUAAUUAGUAAAAGAUGUUUUUUUAUGUUAUGGUAAUUUAUUAAGUUUAUUGCAAAUUCAAAUAAAAGUGGAGAUCUGUUCAGAAUGCAGAAUAGACGCACAUUUAAAAGACUUUUACAACAGCAUGUACAAUGUAUGUAUGUACAUUACACUGAGGUUAGAAUCACAGAUCUUCAGCACUAUUUUAUUAACAAGCAAUCCAGAAACCUAUUCAAAUGUAGAAAACUUCUUCCUAUGAUUUUGGAGCCUCUCAUGUUUGCUAAGGCAGCAAAAAGAAAAUUAAUAGUAAUUUUUUUACCACAAGUUAUGACGUGUUUACUUUCUUUUUGCUUUCCAUAGAAAUGUGCAAUCCUCAUGCAUUUUUGUUCCUUUCAGCCAGGUACAAAUUGCUUUGGGUUUAUUUGUGAGUAUGUUUUGUCCUCUAUACUGUAAAUAUUAAAAGUUUGGCUCUGAGGUGGAGUAGAAAUCCAUCCACAGUCCAGUAAGGGAAUUUUUUUUUUUUUUUUUUUUUUGGAAAUAAAUGUAUAAAGAUUAUUGUGAAAAUGUCCAAAAAAUUAGAAAGCAGUUUUUGCAUUUCAAACAUAUCACAUACACAAAUGCAUUGAAGUUUUAGUUUAAUGUCUUUGUUAAUCUUUUUGUCAAACUGUUUUGUAUUUAUGUCUGUAUGAUUCAUGCACUAGAUGUGUCUAAUAUCGUCAAAGUGCGUGUUCUUCUCGAUGCCUUCUAUGUGUAUUUAAGCUGUAGCAAAAAGUCUGCUUUGCUACUGAAUUAGAGGAUUUUUAUCUCCUUCUUCUUCUUUACCGUUUUGGUCCUCGGUGUAAUGUUUAAUCAGCGUGUUUACAGUGCACUCGUACGCCUCUUAGCUGGCCAAACCCAUCGUGCUUCUGUGGUGUAUCUGAGGCUGCGAGUCCAAACUGUACCUGCUUCUUAGGUGUUUGCUGGGGUUUUAAUGCUUGUAAUGUUGCAUAUAGACGAUGUCGCUCUUGCUUACUGUUUAUAUGUAACAUAACCAACCCCUGAUAUGAUGGGUUAGCUUUUACUUUGUACUUUGUAAUAUGCAUAACUGGAGAAAAGAAAGGAAGCAUUUUGGCAGUAUUUUCAAUUUUAAUCGUUUUCUUUCUUUUCUUUUUCUUUUUUUUUUUUUUUUUAUGAAACUCCCUUUUUAUUUUUUCCUUCUGUUCUUUUGGUAUGGAGAGCCCAACAUUUACUGUGCCAAGAUUAAGCUCUUGGUGAACUUGAAGUUUUUAAAGUACACCAUAUGUACAGCAUACUGAUACAUACAGUGACGUGUCUGAUAUGCAGUAUAUGAAACUGAAAAAGGGUAAUCACUUUAAGACCUAAAACUGAUAUAAAAUUGUAGAAAGUAUAAAUUUCUUUUUUUUUUAGGCCAUUUUGUUCUAAUACUUUCUUCCUCUUUUUUAUUGUAACAGGAUGAUGGUUAAAUAGCCGCUUUUCAUACGCUAAAACCACAUUCUACUUUCUACCUAAAAGAUGCAGUCAGUGGUUAGAAAGCCAGCUGGCUGAUUGUGUGCCUCUAUCUGUACUUUUCAUGUCACACCUUCCACCUGUAUGAAAUUUAGUGAUGUCAUUUGAACCUGCGCUCCAGGUGUAAACAAACUAGUUAAUAUCAUUUCACACUGAAGAGUCAACAGAAUCAGCCUGUAGUCAGCUGUUUCAUGUUUCACAGUAUUUGCAAUUAUGUUUUCCUGCUACAUUUUUCUGAUUUUCUUUUAGAAAAGUCUAUUUUCUAGCUGUUUCGUGAUGUUUAGUCUGAUUUUAUUUUAUUGUAGUUUGCUCUCUUUUUAUGCUCAGAGGAUCGAUUGUAUGAGCACACUGUCCUUUUUCAUUUUGUCUCUCCUCUGUGUGUAUAUGUUAUGUUUUACUCCACCAGCUUUAUAUGAAGUCAUAAAAAUUCAAGUAGUUCAAAAUUGUAAAUUUAAAGUGCAUCAAUCUUUACAUACUACAGUUAAACAUCUUUAAAAUAGACUGCCUGACACUUGGUAAAGCAGAAUAUAUUUUCUGUACCAAGGGACCAACACAUGUACAGUCUUGUAGUUUGCUUUACCUUCCACUUGCUACUGUGAUAGCCUACUAUAUGAACAUUUAACAGGACUUUAUACUGAUCAUAAUAGGAAACAUAGCUGUAUCGCUGACAUGUAAAGACAUCUGAAAAUGGUGUUUGGUAGUUGGUACUGUUUAUUGCUUUGUUUCCCUGUUUUGUCUGUAUUGACUGAUCUCAAUGGCUCAAGUGACUGAAGAUUGAUGGGUGUAAAGUGUGCGUGCAUGUAUGUGUGUGUGUGUGUGUGUGUGUAUCUGCCACAAAAUACUUAAUGUGCAUUUCUGAUCUCCUCACUGUGACCUACUCUGUUAAUGAGUGCAAUGAGAUGUUUGCGUGUGAGAGAGAAAGAUAAAGAGAUGCAGUAGACUGUAUGAAACUGCCUAAACAGUUUGUUUUAGAUCCAAAGCAUGUCUCUAACAACCCAGAAAGCUGAUACCACUGAUAUGUUUGCUUUUUAAAAAUAGUAGCAUUCAGUAUUAUGUGGGUCAAGUAACAAAAAAAAUGGGUGGAAAAUUUAAAAAACAAAUGAACUGACAGCAGGUAAUUAUUGUCCACUACAUCCCUGAACAGACAGAAUGACUGGGACUGAAUGUGUGUGUGCAUGCAUGUGUGUGUCACUGUACCGUGCCGGCCAGGCGGCCGUGUGCGCCACCCUGCUCUGUGACUGCACAGCCGUAUCAAUAAAUCUGGACUUAAAGGGCUCA